GCCUCCACUGAACAAAUACACAGAGAAAGGCCAGUGACAUCACAGGACUGAACACGUGAGGCAUAAUGGGUCUGGCCGGCAGAUUGUGAUGUCAAGGCAUUCCAUUGCCAUGGAGGCACAAAGGUCGCUCGGAAGGAAAGAGUUCCUCGUUCCUUUUCCCAUGCACAGCUGUCUUUACAGGUUGGAAAGCAGAGCUCGUCGCUAAGGACUGAGAGGCCACACUGACACCCAGGGUCCAAGAGGACCACCCUAUUGAAAGAUGGCUCCAAGGGGGCCCAGGAGCAGGAGAGGUGCGCCCCAAAUGCAGGAAGGCUUGAGCGAGCCCUUUGUCACCGGGCGGGAGAAGUACCUGCACCAGGAAUGCGCCACCCUGUCGGAGCACAUCAACCUGUACACACAGCGCAUGAAGGACUUCCAGGGGAUGAAUGAGGGCCUGGACAAGGAAGCCCAGGAGAUCCGGGAGAACAACAAAACCUACCUCUCCUACCUGACCAAGCGCAUGCUCCGGUGCCAGGACGCCAUCAUUACACUGAACGACCAGAACCGCUCCGAACUCCUGCAAGUCCUGAAGCAGAAGGAAGAGCUGACCUCGCAGUACACAGACAAGGAGAAGGAAGUGCGGAGCCAGCUCAUUGAGAUGGAGACCAAGUACUCCCUCAUGAACAAGGAGGUCGAGGAGCUGAAGCCCUUCAAGGAACUGCAGGCGGAGCAGCUGGCCCGCAUCCGGGAGCUGGAGAGGGAGCUGCGGGCCAUGAAGAUCCACCACUCGGAGAAGAUGCGCUUCAUCAGGACCCGGUACGCGCAGCAGAAGGCGGAGUACGAAAUCGAGUGCAAGCAGAAGGUGCAGGCGCUGGCCAAGCGGGCCGAGAAGGAAGCCGUGCGCAGCCUCAUCCAGCACACCAAGCAGAUCAAAGCCGAAAACAUGCAACUGCGUGAGGAACUGCUGAGCCUCAUCAAACGGGCCCAAGGCCUGGACGGCAUCGUCCGCCAGCUCAGAGAGCAGAAGGAGCAGCUGCUUCGAGAGCUGCGGUACAGCCAUGGCCUAGCGGACAAGCGCCGCUGGCUAACACAGCAAAGACAAGGGGCCUGUGGCUGGUUGGGCAAGAAUGGGGCUGCUCUCCCUCCAGUCAACAAGGAGCCAGCAGCAGCAGCAACAGUGGCCCCCGCAAGCCCCCAGACGGCCACAGAGAGCCUCCUCCUUGUGGGAAGGGGGUCAAAGACCCCAGGCGGGCAGUCAGUGCAGCCCAGCAGGAGCCCCUCGGCUGAGGAGGAGGAAGAGGAGCAGGAGUGACCAGCCCCAGAGGAGGCAGAGGUGAAAGCUGCGCAGUCAUUAGCAGACCCAAGACAGGCCCAGGGCCCCAGAUGGCCGGGCAAGGGGGGCUCUCCAAAGCCAAUCCAGUCACCAGGACCCCUGCCCCAGCUGCCAGUGGCUGCGCACCCAAAGCAUGCUGGGUUUGUUACCAUCCACACUGAGGAGGGUGGGAAGACGUGCGGGAAAACAAAAUAAAGGAUGUCAUGAAUACUGAACCUUAAAAAUGUUCUUGUUAAAGGUUUUGAAUAGUAUUGAUUAAUGUUGUGGCAUCAAAUUGCUGCCAAUUGUAAGCUGCCUUAAGUCGCCUUUGGGCUGAGAAAGGUGGGAUAGAAAUACUGUAAAUAAAUAAAUAAAUAAUAAAUUCUUUAAUCCUUUUUCAACGGGACAGAUUGCAUCAGGCACUUUCAGAAAAAGAAGGCACAUAGACCCCAGUACUAGGGUUAUAAUAGCAAUAUUGGUUACACAGAAAAAGGGGAAACAUAUAUUCAGCAAUCACUCCACAUACAUUCAUUCAACUUGUAUAAUAAUAAUAAUAAUAAUCAUCAUCAUCAUCUUUAUUUAUACCCCACCACCAUCUCCCUCAACGGGGACUCAAGGCAGCUUACGUGAGGCCAAGCCCAAACAAUAUAUUACAGCAAAAUAAAACCAAAACAUAAGCAACAAGCAACAACCUCAUAAUUACAUAAAAACAUAUGAGUACAUUAGUAAUAAAAUUACAAUAAACACAAUCACAAUGACAGUGGGUGGGCCACAUGUGCAGGAUAAAAUGUUAAAAAACUUGGGUGAGAUAAAAAAAGAAGCAGGUUAUUUGCAAGAGGGAGCUCAUAGGAACAGGGUUGUGAAACCAAACUUUCCCACGAGGGGGUACAUGUAUUCCAGCGACAGAAGUGUUGAGGGGAGCAGUAGUGACAUGUUGUGUACUGUGGCAGCCGUUAGGAGAAAAUAAAAUAAUAAAGGGAAAUCAUAAUAAUUUAGAAUAAAAUAGAAGAUUCAUGUUCCUACCCGAUCCUGAAAAGACCAUUUCUAAUGAGUUAAUUUGCAAGCAUGAAAAACCUACAGAUAAUAUUGAUUGACAUUGGACUUUGGGUCAGUGUGCUCUAGCCGAUAUUUGCUCUAGCCAAUGUUUACAUAGAUACAAAGUCAACAAGAGAAGUUUGGCAGGACAAGGAAAUCAAUAGUAUCGAUCCAAGACUUGGAACAUCUAAGGUCAUAUGGUGAGAGAGCGCCAUCCUCUGACCACUUAAUGUAAAUAGCAGGCAAUUUUAGGAGAGUUUCAUUCUAAGUAAAUUCCUUCAUGGCCUUCAUAUUAAGAAAUAAGUUAUAAUGAACUAAUUAAGGCUGGAUUGACUAGAGGAGAUUGCCUUGAUCCAAUCUUAUGUUAUAAGCAUAUAAAAGUUACAAUUCAAUUAGAGAUUUAAGGAAUUGAACAUAUACGUGUCAUCUUAGGGUAAUGGGUAAAAGUUGGGAUAAGUUACAUAAUCAAGCAGAUGUUUGGGGUCACAAUGUGGCUGCCAAGACCUGAUAAAGAUGUCCUUGGCAACUAUGCAUGGAAACACUUGUUAAUGAUUGUAUUGUGUAAAUGUCAGACUCUUUCUGGGCAUGUGUGGAAAGGGUGUUAUUCUGCUAUAAAAGACCGAGGCGAUUCAGACCUCAGUUGUGACAGUCAUUUGAGCUGUUCACCCUAUGCUCUGCGGAGAUAGAAAUAAACGCGUGGAAAUCAGA